AUGUCUGCCAGCAUAGACUCGGAGACGCUCAAGCAGUACUUGGCCGACAGCCCGCCCACCAUCGUUCCACUUGCCAUCAAACCCCACUUCGAGGCGCUUUCAGACAAGGAGAAGCUCUAUGCUCACCAUAUUUCCGUAGCCUGUUUUGCGGGCACCCGCAUCGUCCUGCGACAAUGUUCAGCCGAGUCGGAGCACAUAUACGACUUCAUCAUCGCAUUACACAAGCACUGCAGGGGCGACUACACUGCUCUGGCCAAGGAAGCUGGCCUAUCGCAGGAAGAGACUGACGCGUACCUCAACUAUGCUGCUCAGUUCCUCGGUAACCUCGGCAACUACAAGUCUUUUGGCGACUCCAAGUUCGUGCCACGCCUCGAGCCUCGCCAAUUCAAGGCGCUUGCAACCGUUUCCAAGGAGACUCUGGAAAUCUAUGAGAAGUUCAAGGACUCCGUCUACGCUGGUGAUGAUCUAGGAAAGUUGCAUCUGGGUUACCCCAGCGCCGGCCACGUUUCCACCUACUACCCUGACAGCCCCAACAUUACCAAGGAAGAGAUUGCCGGCGUCAGCGACUUCCUCGAAAGCAAGGGCCUCCUGCCGGAGAACACAAGAAUAAGCAAGACGGGCGAUGGCUUUGCUGUUCUAAUUGCCUCAGCGUCAACCUCUCCACCGCCAGAAGACCGAGACCUAAAGGACAGCGAAUGGACACUUGACGAUGGCAAAAAAGUGAAGCUUGUCUUUGGUGACUACUCACAGGAAAUGGACACCAUCGCACGUCACAUCGAAGAGGCGAAGAAAUACGCAGCGAACGACAACGAGCGCGAGAUGAUGGAGGAAUACUCCAAGAGCUUCAGAACUGGCUCUUUGCAAGCGUUUAAGCGGAGUCAAAAAGCUUGGGUCCUGGACAAGGGACCACAGGUCGAGUCAGACAUCGGCUUCAUCGAGACCUACCGCGACCCACACGGCAUUCGCGGCGAGUGGGAAGGCUUUGUGGCCAUGGUCAACAAGGAGCGUACCCAAGCAUUCGGCAAGCUCGUCUCGACAGCACCACAAUACAUCCCACUGCUUCCAUGGGACGCAUCCUUUGAGAAGGACAAGUUCCUUAGCCCAGACUUUACCUCGCUCGAGGUCUUGACAUUCGCUGGAAGUGGGAUCCCUGCCGGUAUCAACAUUCCAAACUACGAUGACAUACGGCAAAACUUUGGCUUCAAGAACGUCUCUCUUGGCAACAUCUUGAGUGCCAAAGCACCCAACGAGCAGAUUCCUUUCAUCAAAGAGGCGGAUCUGGCAACAUACCAAAAGUACCGCGACCCCGCUUUCGAAGUCCAAGUCGGCCUGCACGAACUGCUUGGCCAUGGAUGUGGAAAGUUGCUGCAAGAAACCUCGGCAGGCGAAUACAACUUCGACUUCGACAACAAGCCCAUUUCACCAUUGACUGGCAAGCCAAUAACCACAUGGUACAAGCCCGGUCAAACGUGGGGCAGCGUCUUUGGGUCUCUCGCUGCAUCGUACGAAGAGUGCCGCGCCGAGUGCGUGGCCAUGGCGCUAUCUUGCGAGUUCCCCAUCUUGAAGCUCUUUGGUUUCGGCGACGGCACUGUAGACAUGAACUCCGAGGCUGGUGACGUGCUGUUCACUGCAUACCUACAAAUGGCGCGCGCAGGCGUUGCAGCCCUUGAGUUCUGGGACCCGAAGAGCAGGAAGUGGGGACAGGCGCACAUGCAAGCCCGCUUCUCCAUUCUGCGAACGUUUUUGAACGCAGGUGUCGAGUUCUGCCAGCUCGAGUGGGAAAAAGAUGAUCUCUCAGACCUCACCAUCCGCCUCGAGCGCUCUCGCAUCUUGGAUCUCGGACGUCCGGCUGUCGACGACUAUUUGCAGAAACUCCACAUCUACAAGGCGACGGCGGAUUUUGCGGCGGCGAAGAAGUUGUAUGACGAUGUGACAGAUGUCGAGCCCUUUUAUGAGAACUAUGUCAGGCCGGCGGUGCUGAAGAAGAAGACGCCGAGAAAGGUGUUCGUGCAGGCGAACACGGUAGAGAAGGAUGGCAAGGUAGAUCUCAAGGAAUACAACGCCGACAAUGCGGGCAUGAUCCAGAGUUAUGUGGAGAGAGAGUACGUUUGAGGCGCGAUGGUGAAGCAUGGCACAUUAGACGGUACAAAUGAAUGAAGGGCCAAAGACACGACGGUCGCAUAAGCGA